AUGUCACUUCCAGAUCUCUGCAGGAAAGUGUGGGACUACAAGGCGGGAGCUGGUCGAAUUGGCAUUUGCUUUGGUGGCUCCAGCAUCAUUAAACUCAACGAGGACUGUGACCAAGGCGGAAAGGUUGGCUCCAGCAUCAAUAGACUCAACGAGGACUGUGACCAAGGUGGAAAGGUUUGGGAGAAGACGAUCUCAAUGACACUGCCUGAGGAGGGAGACAAGUACUAUGAUUUUGGUGGCGGCGACGCAAAUGAUAAGCAAUGGAUCACACCUGAGCUUGUGGCACAGCUUGAUGGCCACAUGGACACAGUGAAGGCUUCAACAUACCAAGGCAUCUUCUAUGACAUCGAGACCUUCAUGUGGCUGCUGUACUGA